ACAUGCAGCAGAAAAUGCGAAUUUUGCAGGAAUUAUUUUAAAAUUUAAACCUAAAAGCGCUUCAAAAUCAGGCGGCCGUGCAAAAAAACAGCGAAAGACGCCAGUACUGUUAACCUGAGCUUUAUUAAACACGUUGUUUUUUUCUGCUGUGCACUUUUAAACGCAAGUGUGUGUUUGUGGAGUGAGAGUGAGAGAGAUGGAUGUGGCUGAUGUGAGUCAUUUGGGCGGCUUGUUGUCCUGCAGUGUCCAUCCUCAGGAGCAGAGAUGGGGAGCUCCUGCAGUGUUUAUGCCCAGCAAACGCAAACGCAGUGAUGUGAGCAGCAUGAACGGAGGUGGAGAAGGAGAGAACAGGGGGGCUGCAGCUUCACUCCCCACCCAAACCCCAGCCAGGAAGCACAACGGUUUUGUCAUGAUUGAUGGUCACAGAGGGGUUUAUUACUCUGAGAGCUGGAAGCCGAAUGGGAGCACGCUGUACCUGCCUGUGAGAGGAAGUGUUCUGGCCAAUAUGGACAAGUACGACCAGAUCAGCUUCGAGCAGGGCUGCUUCUGCAUCGGCGACGAGGCGGGGAGGUUCCAGCAGAAAGCUCAAGGUCAGGCUAUCAACUGCUGGAGGUACAGCGAGCAGGACAGGAAGCUUUUUGUCGCACUUUCAUACUUCUUCACAAACUGUCAAGUCUUCCAGGAGGUGCUGAAUUCUCUUGAGUGUCUGUGAGAAAGACGGACUGCAGAGUAAACUCAGCACAGCAGAACCAUUCAAACUGCGCCGAAGAUAUAUUACAGCUGCACUUUACCACUCCAUAGACUACCAUUCGUGAAAUCUGAGUAAAGGCCAGUUUGAACAUAGUAUGUUAGUAUUUGUAUGUAGACCCAAUUUGCAGUUUUGUGCUGCUGAAUUCAGCCCUAUUUGUACAAGCUCUGGUUCACUGGAGCUUCAUCAUGUAAAAAAAAGACUUCAUAGCAAACUUAACACUGAAAACAUUCAUAGUCAGGGCUGAGUAUUGAAAUUUAAUGUGUUUAUGCUCCUUCAGUACUAAUAUAUGUCCCUCAGUACCAAUUUCUAAAUUUUUCAGUAAUUUCACUGGCCAACAAGCUUGCUUGUUCCAAAAUCUGGCCUUCUGAUUGGCUUGCUUAAGUACAUUCCCUAUGCAUGCUUGUAAUUUCAGCGCUUCUUGAUUAGCCUGCAGUCCAUUAUGGUCAGUAAAUAUGCCCACUUACACCCACCCUCAUUUCUGGUUUAAGGGCAAUCCCACUGAUUUUUCAGAAUUGCUGCAUUAUAGAAAUGGUUGAUGUAAACAAAAUCAUUGAGAGUGGUUUGGUGUGAAACA